AUGUCUUCGGACACAGUUAGCGAAGACAAGUCUGUGUAUGAAGAUGAUCAGCCAACAUAUGAGCCUAUCAAUCACAUUGAUCAGAAUGAGGUUGAAAAUCUUACUCGCAUUGCCACCCAACAAUCUCGUCGACAAUCAAUCAUCGCUCAUCGACUAGCCUCCAUCGCCGAACACGAUGAAUCCCUAAACCCCCAAUCGCCAAAAUUCGAUCUUGCGAAAUGGCUGAGGGCAGCCAUGAACGAUGUCGCUCGUGACGAUCCUCGGGGCCAGAACAUGGGUAUUGUCUUCAAGAACAUGAAUAUCUACGGAUCAGGGGCAGCUCUACAAUACCAAGGGACUGUCUCGGACCUCCUGGCUGGACCACUUCGACUGCCUCAGGCGAUUCGCGAAUCUCAUUCCCCUCGCAGACGUAUCCUCAAGGACUUCAACGGUCUUCUUAAAAAGUCUGAACUACUGUUGGUUCUGGGGCGACCUGGUGCUGGCUGCAGCACUUUCCUCAAGUCGCUAUGUGGAGAGCUUCACGGCCUGGAUCUUGAUAAUGAAAGCGUCAUUCAUUACAAUGGUAUCACCCAAGAGCGAAUGACAAAGGAAUUUAAAGGUGAAUUGGUAUACAAUCAAGAGGUUGACCGUCACUUUCCUCAUCUCACGGUUGGCCAAACGUUGGAAUUUGCUGCCGCUACUCGUACUCCGUCCCAUCGAUUCCAGGGCAUGUCGCGCUCGGAGUUUGCCAAAUAUAUGGCCCAAGUCGUGAUGGCAAUCUUCGGGUUGAGCCAUACCUACAAUACCCGGGUCGGUGACGACUUCAUCCGUGGAGUCUCUGGUGGUGAGAGAAAGCGUGUCAGUAUCGCCGAGAUGGCUCUCGCGGCUUCACCUAUUGCUGCUUGGGACAAUUCUACUCGAGGUUUGGACUCGGCCACCGCGUUGAAAUUCGUGGAGAGUCUCCGCUUGUCGUCAGAUCUCACUGGCUCUGCUCAUGCCGUUGCUGCCUAUCAAGCCAGUCAAAGCAUCUAUGAUAUUUUUGAUAAGGUUGUUGUUCUGUACGAGGGACGGCAGGUCUUCUACGGGCCUGCUUCCAAGGCCAAGGCAUACUUCGAGGAGCAAGGCUGGGAAUGUCCACCACGCCAAACUACUGGAGAUUUCUUGACAUCUGUGACAAACCCCCAGGAACGUCAAGCUAAGCCGGGCAUGCAGGGUCGUGUUCCACGUACACCUGAAGAUUUCGAGAAUGCGUGGCUUCAAUCUGCCGAGUAUCAACGGCUACAGCGCGAAAUUGCCGCCUAUGAGGAGCAAUACCCGAUGGGCAACGACCAGGCCGCGAUUGAGUUCCAGGAGAGGAAGCGGGAUAGACAAGCAAAUCACACUCGACCAAAGUCUCCCUAUAUCAUCAGCGUCCCGAUGCAGAUUAAGCUCAAUACGGUCCGUGCCUACCAACGUCUGUGGAACGAUGCUGCAUCAACGGUAUCCACUAUUGUCAGCAACAUCAUCAUGGCUCUAAUCAUUGGCUCGGUAUUCUAUGACUCGCCCAACACCACCUCGGGAUUUACGUCCAAAGGUGCUACCCUGUUCUUCGCGGUCUUACUCAACGCGCUUACAGCAAUGAGUGAGAUCAACAGCCUCUAUGCCCAACGCCCGAUUAUUGAAAAGCACAACUCCUAUGCAUUCUAUCACCCGUCGACGGAAGCGAUAGCGGGUGUGGUUGCCGACAUACCCGUCAAGUUUGCUCUGGCAGUUGUGUUCAACAUCAUUCUUUACUUCAUGGCUGGCCUCCGACGGGAACCAGGAAACUUCUUCCUCUACUUCUUGGUUACUUUCCUUAUCACAUUCGUGAUGAGUGCUGUUUUCCGUACGUUGGCCGCCGUGACGAAGACUGUGUCCCAGGCUAUGGGUCUGGCAGGUGUUAUGAUUCUAGCACUUAUCGUUUAUACAGGAUUCGUGUUGCCCGUUCCGUCCAUGCAUCCCUGGUUCGAGUGGAUUCAUUAUAUAAACCCUAUAUACUAUGCUUUCGAGAUUUUGAUCGCCAACGAGUUCCAUGGAAGAGAUUUCGCUUGCUCGCAAUUUGUUCCUAGCUACGCUGAUCUGUCAGGCCAAUCAUUUUCCUGCUCCGCUUCUGGUUCUGUCGCAGGCGAAACGACUGUCAACGGCGAUCGAUAUAUCAUGCUCAACUACAGGUAUAGCUACAGCCACGUGUGGCGAAAUGUCGGCAUCCUCUUCGCAUUCCUCAUUGGCUUCAUGGUGAUUUACUUCAUCGCGUGUGAGGUGAAUUCCUCAACAACCAGCAUGGCAGAGGCUUUGGUUUUCCGUCGCGGUCAUGAACCGGCACACGUGCGCCGUGGCCUCAAAAAGACAGAAUCAGAUGUGGAAAGCGCUGAUACAGUGGCCGUGAGAGAAUCCUCCGCCGACGAAGAAAAUGGGAAAGGAAUGGCUGCUAUCCAACCUCAGACGGACAUCUUCACCUGGCGUGAUGUGUGCUACGAUAUCAAAAUCAAGGGAGAACCCCGGCGACUUUUAGAUCACGUUUCUGGAUGGGUUAAACCCGGUACCCUUACAGCUCUUAUGGGUGUUAGUGGAGCCGGAAAAACCACCCUGCUUGACGUACUGGCACACAGAACUUCUGUCGGUGUGGUGACCGGUGAUAUGUUUGUCAAUGGUAAGGUGCUCGAUGCUAGCUUCCAGCGGAAGACAGGGUAUGUGCAGCAGCAAGACUUGCAUCUCGAGACUGCUACUGUGCGCGAGUCCUUGCGAUUCAGUGCCCUUCUGCGUCAGCCUGCAAGUGUUUCGAUCAAGGAGAAAUACGACUACGUUGAGGAUGUGAUUGGCAUGCUUAAUAUGGAGUCCUUCGCUGAGGCCAUUGUCGGUGUCCCCGGUGAAGGUCUGAAUGUCGAGCAAAGAAAGUUGCUCACGAUCGGCGUUGAACUUGCGGCAAAGCCUAAACUUCUCUUGUUCUUGGACGAACCGACCAGUGGUCUUGACUCGCAGAGUUCCUGGGCUAUCUGCUCUUUCCUCCGCAAGCUCGCUGAGCACGGACAGGCUGUCCUUUGUACAGUUCACCAGCCGAGUGCUAUCCUUUUCCAACAGUUCGACCAGCUCUUGUUCCUGGCCAGAGGCGGUAAGACUGUUUACUUCGGGCCGAUUGGCGAACAGUCGCGAACUCUCUUGGACUACUUCGAAUCCCACGGUGCACGCAAGUGUGGUGACAGUGAGAAUCCUGCCGAAUACAUGCUAGAUGUUGUGAAUGCCCGCACCAACCCACAGGGAGAAGAUUGGUUUGAUGUGUGGAAACAGAGUAGGGAAAGCGGAAUGAUCCAGACUGAGAUUGACCGGAUUCAUAAGGAGAAGGGAGGCGAGAGUUCUGGAUCUGAUGAGGAUCUUUCUGUCACCCGUUCCGAGUUCGCUAUGCCUUUCUGGUUCCAGCUCUAUCAGGUCACCUAUCGAGUGUUCCAGCAGUACUGGCGCAUGCCUUCAUACAUUAUCUCCAAGUGGGGACUUGGUAUCGCCGCAGGUCUAUUUAUCGGUUUCUCUUUUUACCAGGCCAAGCCGUCACUUCAGGGAAUGCAGACCAUUAUCUACUCGGUCUUCAUGCUUUGCACAAUUUUCACUUCUCUUGUUCAACAGUUGAUGCCUCUCUUCGUGACACAACGCUCUCUGUACGAAGUUCGUGAACGUCCCUCAAAGGCUUACAGCUGGAAGGCUUUCUUGAUCGCCAACGUCAUUGUUGAGAUCCCCUACAUGAUCGUGACCGGUAUUCUCAUCUACGCCUGUUACUUCUACGCAGUUGUCGGUAUACCCAGCUCCGUCAGCCAGGUGACCGUUCUUCUGCUUUGCAUCCAAUUCUUCAUCUACGCCGGUACAUUCGCUCAGAUGGUCAUUGCCGCUCUCCCCGACGCCGAAACUGCCAGUGCAGUUGUCGUCCUUCUCUUCGCCAUGUCCCUCACUUUCUGCGGUGUGAUGCAACCUCCAUCCGCUCUUCCUGGAUUUUGGAUUUUCAUGUACCGCGUCUCUCCCUUCACGUACUGGACGGGCGCCAUGGUCUCGACCCAAGUCCAUAAUCGUGAUGUUGUUUGCUCUUCAGCCGAACUUUCUGUUUUCGAUCCUCCUUCUGGCCAGACAUGUGGACAGUAUCUUGGAGAAUACGUCAAGCUCGCAGGGGGUCAGUUGCUUGACUGGAAUGCCACUUCAGACUGCAGCUACUGUGCUGUUCAAAAGGCGGAUCAAUACAUUGCGCAGUCUGAGAUCUACUUUUCACAAAGAUGGCGGAACUUUGGCAUUGUUUGGGCUUUUAUUAUAUUCAACAUCUUCGUUGCCACUGUGACUUACUACCUGUUCCGUGUGAAGCGCUGGGAUCUCGAGAGCCUCAAGCAAAAGCUUCUUCCUUCGAGAUUUACUAAGUCGAAGGAAUAG